CUUGAAUGUGCCAGAAGAACAGAAAAAUUUGUAGCGAAUUAUCUCAAUUUCUCAGGGAUCGUCUUGACGUUUUGGCUAAGUGAAUGGGCAGCAGCCCUGCUUCACAUGUCAUACUGUAUGCACGCCAGAUUACACAUUUGCCAGUGGCACUUUGACUUGCCCCAUCGCUUUCUUGAGUUCCAUCAAGGGACAACAGCCCCACCUGUUUUUGCGUCUCCAGAACACCCAAACUCUUGGGUCAUGAUUAUUAACUGUCAUAUUAAAUAAACCUUUUUUUUCGUUCCCUCAAGGGCGCCCAAGACACGAGUGUGGGAUCAAAUAAAUAGGUACCCUUAGGGCCUUAGGGUAGCACUAUUUCUUCGGGAAAUUUCACACAGAUCGAUAUCAUCAUGGAACGCAAAAGGCUAUUACACCACCUCGACACCCCAUUUUCUGCGGUUCAGUGGCCCCAUGUGCUACCCGAAGAUCAAGAUACGGUCUUGGAACUCCUCUGCAGCCUUCUUUCCCCUUUAGGCGAUUAUCGACGAGCGCACUUGGUUCCAUCUAAGGGCAAGCGCACCAAGAAAAAGUCAAAAAAGCAAGCUUCGGAUGGCCAAACCCCUGGCUCUGAGCGUCCCAGGCCACCUCCACCAGAACUUUCGGCGUUUGUCGACGUUGGGUUGGCCAGUAUUACUAGAUGUCUUCAGCAGGAUUCCGAAUCUUCCGUAAUCAGCUCCAGUGGUGAUCAGCAGUCUCCUGAGAACUUGAAAGGGACCCCAUACGCCAUGAUCCUCGUGGCCCGGUCUGGACACUCAUCUGCCUUUCACUCACACUUUCCGCAGAUGGUUGCGAUGGCAUCCAAGUCCCACCCAGAUCAGCCUGCUAUCCGUCUCGUAGGCUUCAGCAAGUCUUGUGAGGAUCGCUUGAGCGAUUGUCUUGGGGUCCCAAGAGUCUCUAGUGUUGCAUUGCGGCCUGGAGCACCGUUGUCCAAACCUCUUAUUGAGUUUGUUCGGCAACAUGUUCCUGUCAUUGAGAUCCCUUGGGUGAAGGAGGUGGUAGACGGAUAUCAGGAGACAAAGAUUAAAACAGUCGAGGCUCCUAUAGGUCGCAAGAAGCAAAAAGUUACAACAACAUAACAAGCCUAUCUUGCCGAGUCGACUGUAGUCCUUGUCAAAAUCCAGGUUGGGUUGGUGAUGCAGGCAAUGCAGAGGAACUUAGUCGAGCUGUUAGAAGGCAAUUCCAGGCAAUUGACGAUGGUUUGUAGCGUGUAGUUCGCAAAGUAUUCACUUUCAAGUUGCCUACCUGGUAGGUACGUUACAUGACAACCUACCAUCACAAAGAGAUCCUUAGGUAGACCUCCCACUGUCGAUCAAUGCGAAUUUGUGAAGAUGAAGGCUCCUUGCUUUCCAGCAGAUAUUCACAUAAGAGAGUCUGUUC